AUGAACAGAAGACCAGUUUACUUUCAACUGGUAGCGUUCGCUAUCAGUCGGCGAUCGCGGUGGCUGCUGAUCGGAGAGACACAUCGUUCCGGUUCUCGCGGUAUCAUGGGUAAUGUCAUGAGCGAACAGACGGAGGACUACCACGUCUGGUUGGGGCCGCUGAUCACCAAGGUGAGCUCGCUUCUCGGCAAAGGUUUCGAGGACGUGCGCUACGAGGUGUCCAUUCCAACCGAUUCGUUCUUCAUUUCGAAUCUAUUCUUCGUCAAUGUCGUCUCGAACGACGACGACGACGAGGCGAAGAAGAGAGCCAAGUACACCAACAUAGUGGUGAAGAAAAUGCCGGCGGAAACACUGCAAGAUGUGGUGGGAUCCAGGCAACAAUUUCACAACGAGGUAUUGUUUUACCAGAAGUACGCCCAAUAUUACGAUCGGGCACCUCGUUGCAUCUACGCCACGGAGGAACCGACGUCGCGCGACUCGGUGAUCGUUUUGGAAAACGUGGCCACCGAACGUGGUUACAGCGUGUGCAAAUGGAAAUACGACACGCCACUGGAGUACACGUUGGCCGCGUUCCGAGAGAUCGCGCGAUUCCACGCGACAGCGUACGCGACGAAGAGGACUCGCAAGAAAGAGUUCUUCGAUUUCGUGAACGCCAUUGAAGAAGCCAGGAACCAGGAGACGAGUUUCAAGCAAAUGAUAAACGGGACCGCGACCAGAUCCCUCGACUAUCUUCGCAGGCAAGGUCACGACAAGGAGUUCUGCGACAAAUUGCAAGCUCGAAUGGCGAACACUUACGAAAACUUGGUCUUGAAGUUCUUCGAGAUCGAGGAGCCUCUUUCCACUCUGUGUCACGGGGACUUCACGAUGAAUAACAUAUUGUUCAAGAAAGAGAAUGACGCGCUGAAAGUCAUCUUCGUCGACUUUGCGCUGAUGCGCUACGGAUCGCCUAUUUUGGAUCUGUCUAUGUUCCUGUGUAUGCACUGUGCCAGAGACUUGGACAAAGUUAUGUUGGAUAAUGUUUUGAGAGUGUAUCACGAUUCCUUGAUACAGUGCCUCAAGGAGAAAGAUAUAAACGUGGCGGAUUAUUCCUACGAAGAUUUGUACGAGGAUUACAAGAAGAAGGGUCUGUUUGGAUUACUCAUUGCCACUUUCGUCUUAGCGAUGCAGAUGGGCAAGUUUGAUGAACAGAUGGAAGAUUUCGCGAAAACAGACCAGGCAGAUUGGCCGGCGUUAGCGCGUCAGAUCGGUGGAGAAGAAAUUGACGAAAUUUUGGCGAAAAUGUUGUUGAAAUUAAAAGAAUUUGGAUGCCUGGAUUAUAUAUUGUGACCUGUUGGCACGUCAAGUCUUCCAGAAAUCGAUGAAACUAACGAACGAGGUUUUUGUCAGUGAAUGAAAAUUGGGAAUGUUAUUGUUUGUUGAAAUUAAAGGAAUUUGGAUGCCUGGAUUAUAUAUUGUGACCAGUUGUUAUGUCUAAUUUUCCAGAAAUCGAUGAAACCAAACGAACGUAAUUUUUAUCAUUGGAUGAAAAUUAAAAAUGUUAUUUGGAAAUAAUGGAAAUAAAUUCGUAUUUGGAAAUUUGUGACAAUUUUUUAUUGUGGGAAUUUUACCCGUGAUAUGUUUCGUAAUUGAUCAUCAAGUUUCGUGAUUGAAUAUCGAUCGACGAUUCGCUGAGGAAUCGCAAUUGAAGAGUACAUAGCGAAACGUGUAGUGUAAGUAAGUCAGGAAAUGACAAUGAAAUUAUUUUGAAAAGUAUUACUGUCUGAUGAAUAAUCUUUGUAUAAAUGUUGACCAACUACCGGUGUGUUACUCACCAGUCAGUGACGAACGAACAAAAAUUUGUAUCAAAUGAGAAUUCGCGACUUUUUUACCAGACAUUCUUUUUUAUCAUUAAUAUUAAGGAUAAUUUCUUAUCAUUAACAUUAGUGAUAAUUAUCUAUGAAUUAUUCAUUAAAUAAUGAAUGACAAUGGAGUAUCAUGUGACUCUUUUCACUGUAUGCAUUGUAAAUUACGAUCGUUAAUCGAUGACAACUCUGUUGUUGCUUUUAACGUUUCGAAAGUGCA